CCCUCUCAGCCUCUUUCCUUCCUCUGCGAGUACAGUAGAGUAGAGCUAUAUAUCUUCCACUCGCAUCGCAGUCGCUGUCAGUAACCGCGAUAUGAGCGCUAUAAUGGCGCGAACCAUGGUACCUCUGCGCCCAAAAGGAACCUUUUCAGCACACCUGUACGCGGCUGUGUUUGUCGCCUCGGUUUGGAUGUCACUGAUGGGACUGGCUCGAUGUGACAGGGGUGUUUCACGCCGGAGCGACGGGGAUCCUGUGCUUGACAACGGCGACGUGGGCAUUGGCCGUGCAGACGGAGUGUUCGGACCGAGCUUGGGCGAUGACGGGGAAGUGGAAUCUCCGCGCUUUAGGAGAGCGCUGUCCCAAGAUAAAGUGUCCUUGCUCAGCAGCUCGUUCGUGCUGAAAGGUGAUGCCACUCACAACCAGGCGAUGGUUCACUGGACUGGGGAAAACAGCAGCGUCAUCCUCAUCCUGACGAAGUAUUACCACGGCGACUCCAGCAAGGUUUUGGAGAGUUCCCUCUGGAGGUCCAGUGACUACGGCACCACGUACGUCAAGCUGAACCUGAUGCCCGGGACCACCAUAGUCGUGUCAAACUUCUACAUCUGCCCCACCAACAAGAAAAAGGUGAUCCUGGUGAGCUCGUCCAUUAACGACCGUGACCAGAUGCUGUUCAUCAGUACGAACGAGGGCUCGUCGUUCCAGCGUCAGCCGCUCUCUUUCACCGCUGAGACCCUCCUCUUCCACCCCAAGGAGGAGGACAAGGCGUUGGCCUACUCCAAGGAGGGAAAGCUCUACGUGUCAACGGAUUUGGGCCAGAAGUGGACCCUAAUGCAGGAACGAGUGACCAAGGACAGAAUCUUCUGGUCCGUCGCCGGGGUGGACGUGGACCCUGACCUGGUGCAUAUGGAGAUGCAGGACACCAGUGGAGGGUAUCUGUACGUAACCUGCCUGAUCCAGAACUGCUCUGACAAAAUGGUGACGGCUCAGUUCCUAGGAAAGAUCGACCACAACUCUCUCAUCGUGCAGGAUGACUACAUCUUCGUCAAGGUGACCACUGGAAACCGCACCAAGCACUACGUAUCGUACCGGCGGAACGAGUUUGUCCAGAUGAGGUUCCCUAAAUACGCCCUCCCAAAGGAUGUCCACGUUGUGAGUACUGAUGAGAACCAGGUAUUCCUGGCCCUGCAGGAGUGGUACCAGACUGACACCUACAACCUGUACCAGUCCGACCCACAGGGCGUCUACUACUCUAUCGUGCUGGAGAACGUCCGCAGCACCAAGCAGCCGGAGGAGAGUGUCCUUAUAGACAUUCUGGAGGUCCGAGGCAUUAAAGGGGUGUUCCUGGCCAAUCAGAAAGUGGACGGAAAAGUGACGACACUCAUCACCUAUAACAAAGGACGUGAUUGGGAGCCGCUUGCCCCGCCCACUUCUGACAUGAAUGGCAAACCAGUGAACUGUAAACCACCUGACUGCCACCUCCACCUCCACCUGCGCUGGGCUGACAACCCCUAUGUAUCCGGGACCGUCCACACCAAGGACUCCGCCCCCGGACUCAUUAUGGGUGCAGGUAACCUUGGUUCCCAGCUGGUGGAGUAUAAAGAAGAAAUGUACGUCACCUCUGAUUGUGGAAAGUCCUGGAGACAGGUGUUUGAGGAGGAACAUCACAUCCUGUACCUGGACCACGGGGGGGUCAUCGUUGCCAUCAAAGACACCUCCAUCCCCCUCAAAAUACUCAAGUUCAGCGUGGAUGAGGGACGUACCUGGACGACGCACAACUUCACCAGCACCUCCGUGUUUGUGGACGGCCUGCUGAGCGAGCCGGGGGACGAGACCCUUGUCAUGACGGUGUUUGGACACAUCAGUUACCGGUCAGACUGGGAACUGGUCAAGGUGGAUUUCAGACAGUCAUUCUCCAGACAGUGCACAGAGGUGGACUACGACUCCUGGAAACUCACAGAUCUGCAGGGAGAGAAGUGCAUCAUGGGUCAGGAGAGGAGUUUCAGGAAGAGGAAGGACAAUUCGUACUGCAUCAAGGGGAGGAGCUAUACCUCAGCCCUUACAACCAAGCCCUGUCACUGUUCAGAGAAAGACUUUAACUGUGACUAUGGAUUUGAGCGUGCCCAGAAGACAGAGGGAGAUCGGUGCUUCGCUGACUUCUGGCACGACCCAGACUCUCCGCCUGAUGACUGCCACCUGGGAAACAGCUACGAGUCCAGCACUGGGUACAGGAAGGUUGUGUCCAAUGUGUGCGAGGGGGGGGUUAACAAGCAGCAGAGUGCCAAGCAGCACACCUGUCCUCUGCUGCCCCCCGGAGGCCUGCAGCUCGGCAUCAAGGGACAGAUGCUGGCCGUGGCGCCCGGUGAUGAUGUCACCUUCAUCGUCCACCAGGAACAGGGUGACACCAGCAGUACUAGGUACCAGGUGGACCUUGGAGAUGGGGUGCGGGCCAUCUAUCAGAACCUGACUGUGACGGACGAGCCCAUCCAGCACCGCUACAAACAGCCGGGUGUCUACCGCGUCACCGUCAAGGCCGAGAACAUGGCCGGACACGACCAAGCCACCAUGUACAUCCAGGUCACAGACCCCCUGCAGGAAGUUCACCUGGAAGUAGUUCCCAUCACCGGGAUCAACCAGGAAGUCAAUCUGACAGCUGUGGUGCUUCCCUCUGAGGCCAAUCUGACCGUUUUCUAUUGGUGGAUUGGAGACGACCUACAGCCCAAGAUGUCCCUGGAGAACAGCCUGCUGACCAAGUUCUCCGAGGGGGGAGAAGUGUCAGUCACUGUCCAGGCCUCUAACGCACGCUCCAUGGUCCAGGACACAAAGGCCAUACGUGUCUACGACCGUUUUCAGGUCAUCCCUCUGACCUUCAGCAGUAACCUGGACCGCCUCAACCCCAACAUCCCAGAGUGGAGGGACGAUGUGGGUCAGGUGGUGUCCAAAGUACUGGCCAAGAUCACGGGGAUUCCCCAGGAGUCUCUGGUCACCAUGGUUAAGCCGGGCUUGCCCACCACAGCCAACCUGUAUGUGCUCCCACCAGACCACAAGCCAGCUAAGAGGAGUGUGUUUGUGGAUAAGCGUAUCCCUGCCAUCAAGCAGGCCUUCAAUGAAAACAACGUUAGCUUCAUCGUGCGAGGAGGUGUUCAGGUGUUGGUGACCUUAGCUGACCCUAACGCAGGACUAGUAGCUAAUGACUCGACGUCAGCAGCAACAGAAACCGGGUCUCAGGGUGGCGUGGCAGGGCCUGGUGUCUGGGCUCUGGCUGUCAUUUUCCUCAUCAGCCUCAUCGCCACCGGAUCCUUUAUCCUCUACAAGUUCAAAAGUCCUUGGCUUAGGACUGAGGAUGCCUAUCCCCCUCUGUUUUUCAGAAAGCUGCCCGGCCGGAACGUUUACGCCCAGAUGCACAACGAGAAAGAGCAGGAGAUGACGAGCCCCGUGAAUCACAGCGAGGACACACAGCACAUCAUCCAGGGGGAGGAGUUUAUCGACGACGACCUGGACUCGCAGACUCUAGGUAACGCAGGAGGUAGCCCCGCCUUCCGUUCCCUUAUCAGGACUAACCCCAAAUACUACUAACAGAACAGCCUGCUAUCACGCACAAGCCCAGACACAAGGUAACCACUCAGGCGUGGUUCUGAGUAUCAACUCCAGGGAGCUGCACAGCUACCUGACCAGCUGAUGGUUGAACACGGACACACUAACCAGCUAGCAGUGCUAACAAGCUAGCCAUGCUAACAAGCUAGCCAUGCUAACGAGCACAGGGAACUUUGCCUUCCUCCUCUGUCUUUCUCUCUCUCUCUCUUUCUCCGUCAGUCUGACCGGCCACUCUCCUCACAGAGGAGGAGACAACCCACCACAGUACUACAGUCUACAGUACUCCCUCUCUCUCCUCUGGUUCCGCUCCUCUUCUUUAUGGCCCCCUUCCUGCCUUCUUCUGGCUUUUGAGGGACACUUAUCCUAUGCUUCCCUCCUCAGUCCCUCUAUCUCUCCCUCCACUGUGGCAUCAGAGGGGCGGGCUAAUAAUUUUACCCAGAGCUCAUUGCACCUAGUGUCCUUUGCACCCUGUGUUGUGUCUGCUCGGUGUGUAAAUACUGGCCAAAAUCCCCUCAGAGACUGAUUGGACGCCACCCAGUUAGGGAAGACUGUUCCAGUGACAUCACAGAGACAAUGCCCACUGGCCUGCUAUGUAAUACGUUCCAUAAUGUUACACUCAUCUUUUCACUUUUUCCACACUAGUAUUUCCCCAGAUUUCAUCGUUCACUAGUAGGAGGAGGAAAAUGAGGUGUUAGACACAAUGACCAAAAAAAAAAAAAGGAACCACAGAUUGACAGGCCCCAGCUCUGAACACUACAGUGUGCUAACAUAAUUCUCACAACGCGGUCAGAAUUAUUUUUGGUUUCUGCAGUGGGCAAAAAGAGAGGUGAACUGGUUAACAACAAGAAGAUCCCAUGAAAAUGAAGCGCAGCAAGGUUUCUAGGGGAGGCAAACAAUCCCGUGAUUUAUCAUUAGCUCUUUCUCUCUUACUUCAAAUGCAAUAAUACUCUUUCUCAGGAAAGAAUGAGAUUAAACGCCCACUUUAAAUCCGCGGGGACGUUAUAUAUGAAUGAUAUGACAGGGAAGUGGGAGGUCUUUACUGAAGCCGGGUUUUGCCUUCAUGAAACGAAUGCAACUGCCCUCAUUGGCACUAGUUGGGGGGGGGGGGGGUUACAUUAGUCAUUAAUCUCAGAUACAGUUACUUGAGAGUCGAGCUACAGUAUCGUGAAUCAUGUGGGAAAAUUAUUAUUUACGAGUGAUAAUUUUGGCAGUUUACUGUUAUUAUAAGUCUACUAAAAUCCUGGACCACUGACCUGUAGUUCAGCUAUGCUAUUUGAAUGUGUAUGAUAGAGGUUUUGUGUGGCGAAAGUGUUUGUUAUUUAAAAAGGAAAAAACGCAGUGACUAAAAUGACAGGCUAAUAUGACAGUAAUUAUAGUCACAUUUUAGCCAUUACGUUAUAUGAAGAAAAUAUAUUAAUUGCCUUUUAAAUUCCAUCAUGUGUACUUUCAAAAAGCCUUGUCCAUUACUGUUGGGCAGAUGUCCAGAGUUUUAGUAGACUGAGUACAAUUUCAAAUUGAGACUAAAAUAACUGCCAAAAUGAAAAUGGUAUACAGUCAUUGCUUAAACUGUCUUUUUCAUCCUACAGCAAUGUAAAGCCAUGCUCUAUAAUAACUAUAUUCAUUUCUUUUUUUAAGUAUUUGUAUUCCGCUGUUUUAUAUUUUACGGUACUUGAGUAGAUGAGGGUUAAGGAGUGACACUUAGUAUGGUAUGUCGUGUGUGAUAUUUUAGCAAAUUUACAGCAUGUCUCCGACCUGGUUCAAAAGUCAUUUUCUGUCCACACUGUGCCUAAAAAUGAGUGAACCUGUCUGCUCUAUCACAUUUUGUGCAGUUUUUUUUAAUUUAUUUAUUUUACUUUAUAAACAGUUUGACCCGCCCCCAAAACACCCCCGGGUCAGAGGUCAAUGUGAGUUAAUGUCCCCAAGCCUAUAUUAGGCAGAGAUAGCAGUGGUAUGUCUCCCAUAUAAUUUGGUUUGUGUACAUAGAAAUGUAUAUAUGAACAACCUCCCACUGUAUAUAAUCCUUCACAUAAGUGUGAGUAUUUUACACUAAUACCAAAACACACACACACAAUCGUUUUUUGGAUGCCCUCCACUGAAUCCCCCUUUCACAGUACGAUGGCACAGAGAUCUCAUUGAUCGUUUUCUUGUUCUCACGUAUCAGUUUGCAUUAUUUCAGUACAUAGCUAAUUAUGGUACUGUACUGUAGGCUUUAAGGGAGCCUACUCUCUAUUGUGUUGUUUAUCUGGAAAGGCUCUUUCGUUAUCAAAUCUACACCCUUCAGUCCUACACUCAUGUACCAAACCCAGGGUGAUGUGCUGUACAUUUCUGUUUUCUUCCUGUCAGAUCGUAUUGUUAACUUGGGUCAGUGGCUUUCCACACCAUCUCCAAUGUCCCAAGAUAUUUCAUUGCACUAAUAUGAUGUUCACGCUAAAGGGAAAUGGACCGUUUUCAUACAUUGGACUGUACAGACUUGGUAGUGAAUAGGACAAGGCAAUGCUAAGAGUCUUUUCCAGUGAAUCAGUUGCAUACAUCACGGCCUCUCUGGUACAGUACACUCCACAGGACUAUGAAAUGAGACUCUGAUCUUUAUGUUCUUUUGUACAUAUAUAUUUGGCUUGUUCUUAGUUUUCCAGUGAUGUGUCGUCUAUUUUAUUUUCACCUUUUGCUGAAAGGGGUGAGGGGGUGGUCAAAAGAAGCCAAUACAUGUUUUUCUUAAGGAGAUUCACUGCUGAUGACACAGACCAUGUGAAAUUGACCGCACAGUUUUAGUAAUAUUUUGUUUGGUUUUUGGUAAAUAAAUGAAAAUGUUUUUGAAGUCCUUAACCCGAAAGCGUAGUGCACUUAACUUGCAUUCUGGAAUAAAUCACUCCCCUAACA